AUGGACCAAUCCAACGCGACGACUCAGCCUAUAUCCUUUGAUCGUGACCAACCAAACCCUGCCUCAGGACACUUUGGAAUGUCAACCCCUCUAUGCAUGGUUCCAAACCCACAAGGAAUGAUAGGCAUGUCCCCGAACAUGUUUUACCCUGCACAACAUCAGGAUGAUGCAGCGGUGGAAAUGUUUAUGCCACAUGGCCCACACACCUACAAGCGCAGCUGCAUUGACAGCGAGGGGACCGUGGCUAUGUACAACGGUGACCCGAACAUGUUUGGGUCCUUCAAACAGAGUAACAUGGGGAUUUACAAUAUUAGUGGGCAAGUGACGCACCUGAGCCAGAUGUUGACUGCACUGGUGGAAAGGGCAGAUAGGGUUGAUAACAGUGUUGCAGCACUCGAGCAAAAACACGAUGCACAGCUUCAGUUGCUUCUGAAACGGAUAACUGAACUUGAAUUACAGGAGAAGGAAACUGAAGAAGAAACUGUGAAAGAAAAAGGAAAAGGGGGCACUGCCAGAAAAUACACUCAACAUCUCCAAACUAUGUAUACUAUCAUAGGCACACACAGCUGUACUGAAUUCAUGAAAAUAGGCAAAGGUCCAUGCCAUGUACACAAACAUGUUACAUUACUUAGUCACAGCCUCAAAAUCAAGGCAUCACAGGGUCAUACAACAGAGUCUUUAGCCUCCAUUUCAACAACAUUUCAGAAGCAACCACCAAAAUUCCAUUCAAACAUGCUGCCACAACCCUUCCUUAUCACAGCCAGCAAGGUCACCUCCCUCACGUUUGCUUGCAAAGUGCUCAAACUUCCUGCUUCACAUGUUUUCUCCUGGAAUGGUCAUACAGACAAUAACAACCCUGUUGGCUCAUAG